AUGGGGUCGAUAUCUUACGAAGAUGGAACACCGAUCCAAGUUCGAGACGCACCAAUUGGGGAACACCGUCCAAUCCGUAUUGUAUGCAUUGGUGCUGGUUAUUCUGGUCUGAUGAUGGCUAUAGUGGCGAAAAAGAAGAUGAAGAACCACAAAGUUGACUUCCAGAUCUAUGAUAUGAAUGACGACUUGGGUGGAACAUGGCUUGUGAACAGAUAUCCUGGUUGUCAAUGCGAUAUCCCUGCACAUAACUACGCCUAUAGCUUCGCUCCUAAUCCAGCUUGGAGGAACUAUUACGCCACAUCAGAGGAAAUUUAUGAUUACAUGAAACUCGUGACUAAGAAUUUUGGCUGCGAGGACCUAAUGGCUUUCAAUCACAAAGUCACUGGCGCAAAAUGGCAAGAAGAUUUGGGAAAAUGGCACAUUACUGUCCAAAAUAAGAAAGAAGAAUUCACCGACGAGUGCGAUGUUUUGAUCAACGCUGGAGGCGUCUUGAGCUCAUGGAGCUGGCCAAAGAUUCCUGGUAUUGAGCUCUUUAAAGGGAAACUCCUUCACUCUGCCGAUUGGGAUACUUCAUAUGACUGGAAGAACAAGAAUGUUGCUGUUAUCGGUAUUGGGUCUUCCGGUGUCCAAAUCCUACCUAAAGUAGCGCAAACAGCUAAACAUGUCGACUUUUUCGUGCGCUCAUCGACCUGGAUCACUACAGGGCCAGGUGCUCUCGAACCAACAGCCACUGAACCUGAUAUGGAUGCCGCAUACAACUAUGCGGAGCACGAGUUGAAGAGAUUCGCAGAGAACCCCAACUAUUUGCGCCAACACCGUCGAGCUCUUGCUGACAAGCGUAUUGAGAGCUUCAAAAACUCCAUGGCCGGGCGUGAAGCACAGGAUCGAACGGACAAACUCUUCCGGGACGAUAUGCUGCGCCGCCUGGGCUCAUCUGAAAAAGCCGCGAAAAUUGCUGAAUGGCUUCUUCCAGACUUCCCUGCCGGUUGCCGACGUCUGACUCCUGGACCUGGCUUCCUCGAGGCUUUGGUUCAAGACAAUGUCGACAGCUGGUGGAACAAUCUUGAACGCAUAACCGACACCGGCGUCCAGCUUCGAGAUGGCUCUCAUAUAGAGUUAGACGCUAUAUUCUGUGCGACUGGCUUUGAAAGCUCAUUCAAACCUAGAUUUCCAUUGAUUGGCCGUCAUGGGGUGGAUUUGGCAACGAAGUGGACCGUGGGAGACCCUGAAGCAUACUUUGGCGUUAGUGUCCCAGGAUUUCCCAAUUACUUCUCCUUCAUUGGCCCCAAUAGCCCGGUAUCAAAUGGCUCGUUGGUACAAGCCAUUCAAAUGACGGGAGUUUACAUUUAUAAAUGUAUCAACAAACUCCAAACUCAAGGUCUUAAGUCCAUGGAAGUCAAAGAAACGGCCACCCGCGAAUACAAUGAUUAUAUUCAGACGAUGCUUUCGAAAACUGUGUGGGUGGCACCGUGCCGGAGCUGGUAUAAGCGAGGUACCAUCGACGGUAAGGUGGUUGCUUUGUAUGGUGGUAGCUGCUACCACUUCGCGGAGGCGCUCCGAGACCCGAAAUGGGAGGACUACGAGUUUGAGUACCACAGAGCGCAUGGCCAAAAUAGAUUCUUGUGGUUAGGUAAUGGCUUUACCGUCAGAGAAAUGGCCGGCAGAAGCAUUGGGGACACACAGACUCUAGACUUUGAAGAGUAUUGGAAUAUGGAAGUACUCCCAGAGAUCCAUUAUUGA